UUCAUGGCUUCUUCUUACACACGUUUGCUUUUGCUUUGCCUAUCCAUCUUCCUCAUCGCUUCCACUGAGGUGAUGAUGGUGGAAGGAAGAGUUUGCCAGAGGCGAAGCAAGACAUGGACAGGGUUUUGUGGCAACACUCGCGGCUGUGACAGUCAGUGUAAGAGAUGGGAACGUGCUUCGCAUGGGGCAUGCCACGCUCAGUUCCCGGGGUUCGCAUGUUUUUGCUACUUCAACUGCUGAAGCAAGCAAAAAGUUCUCUGAAUCUUCUUCAAGUGUCACGGUGUCGUCUUCUUUUAUUCUCUUGCGAAUCAUGUACGUAGUCCCUAUGACAAAACCAUAAUGUUUACAUUGGGUCCUAAUAAAAUCCCGUUUGUGCCGGGAGUUACCACUACAUGUCUAUUGUCUAGUGAAGUUGUGAUAAAAACUAUAAUAAGAGGUUGUCUCGCA